ACGAGGGUUUGAAAAAUUGUUGUUUGCUUUUUGAAAUGUCAUACACUGGCCACAUACAGGUUUUCCCCCCAAUUCACCUUCUCAAUAAGCGUAAACGGGACGCUUCUCGUGUUGUGAUCGACAUUUCCGAUGAUGAUGAUGAUGAUGAUGACUCUGAUGAUUUGGUGAUAAUCGGUGAAAAAGCUAUUACCCACGAUGUGAUUGACAUUGCCUAUGAUGACAACUCUAAUGAUGUAGUGAUAAUUUCUGAAAAAGUUAAUAAAAGUUCAAACCAUGCAAAUUUAAAAGAUGAAAUUCUGAAGAAAUUUGGAAGUUUUAAGCAAUUCGAUAUUGUCAGUGACACUUCAGACCAUAUCUUUGUUGGUAGAAAAUACUUAUUGAAAGAGCAUCAAAAUAAUUGGGCUAAAAGAAUCCAGAAAGAGUGGAAGAUUUUGGAGAACAAUUUGCCAGAUUCAAUAUUUGUUCGAGUUUAUGAAUCAAGGAUGGAUCUCAUGAGGGCUGUCAUUAUCGGAGCAGAAGGGACUCCUUACCACGAUGGUCUUUUCUUUUUCGAUCUUUACUUACCCGAUGACUUUCCCAAUGUACCACCGGAAGUUUCGUUCCACAAUCCAUGUUCUUCUUCUAAGUUGAAUCCAAAUUUCGGACGUCGUGGCUCUUUAUGCCUUAGUCUACUUAACACUUGGGGUGGCAGGAAGAAUGAGCGUUGGCGUCCACGCGUUUCAACAAUUCUACAGGUUCUAGUCUCCUUACAAGGUCUAGUAUUGACGGCAGAGCCUUUCUUUAAUAUGUCUAGUUCCUAUGUUAGAGGUUCGGAACCAGGGAAAAUUAUGUCCCGGUCUUAUAACGAGGAUGCAUUCAUUGAUUCAUUGUGGACAAUGAUACAUGUGAUUAGAAGGCCUCUAAAGAAUUUUGAGGAUUUUGUAGUGGGACAUUUCUUCAUCGAAGCUCAUGAAAUUUUAAGGGCAUGCAAGGCAUACAGGAAAGGUGCUCAAGUGGGUUCUUUGGUCAAAACAAGUGAGGUUCAUAAUGUUGAUCAUGAGGUUCAUAAAAGUUGGCCAGAGGACUUUACCAAUUCUUUACGUUGUCCGAUGAAAAAGCUUGCCGAUGAGUUUGCAAGAAUUGGAGCUAUGGACUGUUAAAAACCCAUGAUGACAUCUCUAAGAAAACCCAGAUUUGAGACUUGAUUCAAAAGUCUUGUUACAUUCUACUACAAUAAGUGUUUUAAUUUCUUUUUUGGAGAUGCUAAUUAGUAUUCUAAGGAUAUUGUUUAAUAAUCUAAAAUAUUACAGUAUGUAUUUAUGGAAGUGUGUGUAUUGCACAAACAAUUGAAAUGUUUAAUUUUUUCGUG